AUGCGGCUGCGAAGAUUGUGUCAGAAGAAAAAGUCAGGGCGCAAGUCCGUUGAUGAUGGGAUCAUAGAAGAUUACCUCGAGGGGGGCGAGAAGCGAGAAAUUCUUGAGAUGUCUCUUCUUCGCAGCCUCGCCAAGCACGGGACCGACCGAACCAUGUACAAGAAAGUGCGCGGGGACUUCGUCACUCGCGUCACGCUGGUGAAGGAGAAGAUGAUGUCCCGCGAGCAGGAGGUGAUGGGGCACUGGAUGACGGAGGAGAAGCUUCGCAAAGAGGGCAACAGCUCCAAAACCGUCACCUCCAUCAUCAACUACUGCAAGAAGUUUCCGAACACGUUGGUCAGGCUGGAAAACGGGUUGAUGUGCGUUAUAUAG